GAGCCGUCCCGGUUCGUGUGUGAGACAUGUCGCAGCACCUACACCUCGGCCUGGGCGCUGCUGCAGCACGCACAGAAGGAGCACGGCAUGAAGAUCUACACCAGCCCAGGCAGCAGCACGAGCAGCUCCAGCACGCACUCCCAGUCCUUGCCCCCCGCCCCCAGCAGCCUGUCCCCCAUCGACCUGGUGGUGGCCUCCCCCCGCUCCGCCAUGGACCACCACCACCGCUCCGCCCCGUCAGCUGGCAGCGCUGGCUCCGCCUCCCCGUAUCCCGUCCACGCCCACAACCCCUUCACCUCCCCCUUCCGCCUGCCCUUAGACACCCGCCUGCCUCACCCUACCUCCCUCAGCCCCUUCCCACGACCACCCAGUUUCGAUUUGGAUCUCAUCAACGACUACCGCUUGCGGCCACAGUUUCUGGGACGUCCGGCUACAGGACUCGAACCCCCGGCCUUCCACCACAGCCCGUUUGACCGGGCACGCACGCACAUGUCACCGGCGCUGGAGUCUCCCUACGACUACUACUCCAUGCGCCUGAAGCAGCUAGCGAGCAGCCCUGUCGCCACUGUCGCUGCCAAAGCGCAGUUCUCCUCCGCCCAGCCCCCGACGCCUGGCGUGGCGGCCACGCCUACCUCCACCAAGCCCGAGAGUCCGUGCGUAGAGCCCUCGGCGGCCGGAUCACCGCGCGGCGUGAAUAGCGCGAGUCUCAGCUCCCCCGGUUUGGCUCUGCCGCCCAAGUUGAAGUCGUGCGAGUUUUGCGGCAAGUCUUUCCGCUUCCAGAGUAACCUGGUGGUUCACCGACGCUCUCACACGGGCGAGAAACCCUUCCGCUGUCCUAUGUGCCCGCACGCCUGCACACAGCAGAGCAAGCUCAAGCGGCACAUGAAGACACACUCCAUGAAGCCUGACGGCAGCACCUCACCCAGCGACGCCGCCGCCGCUGAGAAAGCGGAUGAUGACGACGAUGAGGACGAGGAAGAAGAGGAAGAAGAAGAGGAAAUGGAAGAUGAGGAGGAGAUGAUUGAAGAAGAAAUGAAUGAAGAAGAGCGCGAGGUUCUAGAGAGAAUGAAGGCGAGCAAGGCUGCGGAAGAAGGUGCCGAGCCGGGUGAGAUUCGCCACGACGCCAAGAGGAUCAAGCUGGAGCACAACGGAGAGACGAAAGUUGAGCCGGAGGAGGUAGAGGAGGAGGAAGAGGAACAGCCCAGUGACCUGUCCAUGAAGCCCAAGGCUAGCAGCAAGCCGGUGGAGAGUCUCCUUAGCGAGGUGAUGAAGAACUCCGGGCUCACCAGCAUACAGACGUACAACGAGGCGUUCCAGGCGGCGCUGGCGGAGAGCCAGGUCAACGGCAAGGACAAGGCGGCAGAGGAGCGCGCAGGAAGCGUCAAGAGCGGACUCAGCCACGACGGCGAAGACACGCCACGCUCCGCCAGCCCCAAGUCCCCGCACCCCGCCGCUGCCAAGCGCGAGAAGGAUGGGGAUAAAGAGUCUGAUAAGUCCAACCAGAAGGAGCACGUGUUUCUGGGCGCCACAGACCUGUUGAGUAAAGGUCUGAAGCGUGACGCGGCAGGCACGCCCACCUCCUGGCCCAGCUCCGUGGACUCCCUGGUUUCCGGCGGCAUGGACCCCGUGGCGGCCUCGGCGGCCUACAGCCGGCUCCACCACCCCUGGCUCUACCCUGACAAUCCGGUGAGGCUCUUCUUCCCUGGCUACCCGCCCCGCUUCCCGCCACACGCCCGCGACCUGAGUCUCUCCGCCGAGGGUCACAAUGGUCUUAGCCUCAGCCCGAGUGUCUCCACUGCCAGCAGUGCCUUAAAGUCCUCCUCGGACAGCCCCAGCAUACCGGCUCUAUUCAAGCCGGGCCUCUCCAGUCCGCCCUCCUUCCCGACACACCACGCCCGGCACGGCACGAGCGGCAGCAGCAGCAGUAGCCCCACCAGCAACCUCCUCCUGCCCAGUAACGGCGGUGGAACGCCACGCAAGGAGAACCGACGGAACGACACGUGCGAGUAUUGCGGGAAGGUGUUCAAGAACUGCAGCAACCUCACCGUCCACCGGCGCUCGCACACCGGGGAGAAGCCCUACAAGUGUAGUCUGUGCAGCUACGCGUGCGCUCAGUCCAGCAAGCUGACGCGACACAUGAAGACACACGGCCGUCUGGGCAAGGAUGUGUACACAUGCAAGUUCUGCCAGAUGCCUUUCUCUGUGCCCAGCACGCUGGAGAAACACAUGCGGAAGUGCGUGGAGAACCGUAACGCGCGGCUUCUUGCAGCUGACGCCGGCGAUCUCAGCUCAGAAGCGUCUAAUGGGGAAGUGAACCGCUCUACAGACUCCACCACCGGCGUGUUCUGAACUGCGGCGCUGCGUUAACAUCCCGCUCCGGACCGCGGCGAUUCGCCGUUGCUGCCAUCUGUUGCUGUGGCGAUAAGACUGACUGACUGAGCUCAAGAUACUUGAAGACAAUACUGAAGACCUUCACCCUGUGAAGACUGACCUCUGACCUCAAUAACUUGCCUUGACCUCGCCUAGAGGUUGCCACCUUUAAUAUAAUGAUGCCAUACUCAGUAGCGGACUGCGACACGCAUUGUUUCUCGCGCCAUUAACGCCGCCUACAGCAGGACUCGGCGGCCCAGCGUGUCGUCAGCUGCGUCUUUUACCUCUGUGAUCUAGAACAUCACCAGGGAAGCUGCAGGCCCCCCGCUAGGCCUGUCUAUGUACAAAAGUUUCACAAGCAUAAUGUCGAACUAUUUGAUUCUGUUAUCUGGACUGAGGCCCCUGACCGUGGUAGUGGUCCGGCUGUGUCCACUACAAACACCUUCAGAAGGACGGGCGCCAUCUUGUGACGGACCAUGUGAUCUCGCUCAGUGACUGCUGGGAUACUGUUCGUUCUGUCACGUGACUGGCUUGGGAGUUCGUCGCUAUGACGACGACGAUGCUAAAGUUCGGUGCUGCAAGACAAGAUGGCGUCAUAAAAGAGACAAUAUAAAGCUUUUAGCUACACAACACACCUCAGAUAUAAUAUGCCACUCUUAGUGCCAUUUGCAGUUGUUUCUUUUUCCUUUUUCUCGAUAUAUUACUGAUUCAAGGAUGCAAUUAAGAUCCAUUAGUUUUUUAAAACUAUUUUUCACCAUUUUACUGUUGUACUGGUCUGCAUUGUUGUUUGUUUUUUGUCAUGCUUUUUCACGAAAGGAAAAAAAACCCAGAGACGCAUAUAAUAUACAAAGUGUAUAAUUUGAAACUUUUCACAGUGUGACGAUAAUAAUAUUAUGUUUUCAGGUGUGCCAUACUAGAUAGCCACAAAGAUGUGUUGUGUUUCCGAAACUAACUUCUUUGUAUGCUGUAGAGGUAGUGAUAACUGUGUGUGUUUGUGUGGGUUGUUGUUCUUGUUGUUGUAGGCUGUGUGUUUGUCGUUGUGUAAUUAGCCUGUGAUCAAGCCCCUAUAUCAGCUUGUGGGAAUGUCCAGUGGGCUGGUUAAGUGAGGCGAGAAGAUGAAAGAUUCAAGUACCGCCCCCCCCCCCCUCCCCCCUGAACUCUUUCUAUAUCAUUCUUCGUCGGAACUUCUCAAGUUAUUUUUAGAACUUAUUUUACUUUUGCUUCAUAAAGGGAAGUAUUUAAGCUACCGUAUGUUCUUGCACGUAGACGUGCAGGAGAAAGUUAUCAUAAAGGUGAAAAAAAAA